UUUUUCAGCCACGCUUUCAUAGAAAAAUCUGGAAUUUAACGGCUCUCAAUUUUCACACUUUCUCUCGCUUUUUCUAUGUGACACUACAACUACUAAACAAGUCUCCCAACAUAUUCUAUAGAAUCUUUUCUCCCACAUAUAAUUUGUUCUUUGAUUCUCUCUCUCUCUCUCCCCGUGUCUUUGCUUUGUGUUGCUUUUGAUACCCACAAACAAGAGGUUGCUUAGGAACUGAACCAGUUCUCUAGUUCUAACACCACCACCACCACUACCAUCUUUAUCAUCAUGUGUGUCCCGGAAGCUGAGCAAGUUGGCCAGGAGAUUGAGAAUAUGGACAACAAUAACAACAGCAGCAGCAGCAGCAGCAGCAACAACAACAAUAACAACAAGCUGGAAAGCAUUUCUGAGGAUAAAGCAGUUGUAGAGAGAAAACAGAACCUGUUAAACUUUGUCCCUUCCCUUCGGUCAGGAGAGUGGUCUGAUAUAGGGGGUCGUGAAUAUAUGGAGGAUACUCACGUCUGCAUUGGUGAUCUGGCUAAGAAAUUCGGUAUUAAUUCAUACAGUGAUGAAGUUAUCUCCUUCUAUGGUGUAUUUGAUGGGCAUGAUGGAAAGUGUGCAGCACAAUUUGUACGUGACCAUUUGCCAAGAGUAAUUGUUGAGGAUGCCGACUUCCCUUUAGAACUUGAGAAGGUGGUUACAAGGUCAUUUAUGGAGACUGAUGCAGCAUUUGCAAAGACAUGCUCCCUUGAGUCCGCCCUGUCUUCCGGGACAACUGCCCUCACUGCAAUGGUAUUUGGGAGGUCUCUGCUUGUUGCAAAUGCAGGGGACUGCCGGGCUGUGUUGUCACGAUGUGGAACUGCUAUAGAAAUGUCAAAGGAUCAUAGACCCUGCUGCACUAAAGAAAGGACAAGGAUCGAAUCCUUGGGUGGAUAUGUUGCUGAUGGUUACCUUAAUGGUCAGUUGGGUGUUACUCGUGCAUUAGGUGAUUGGCACCUUGAAGGAAUGAAGGGAAUGGGUGAAAAGCUUGGACCAUUGAGUGCUGAACCUGAACUUAAAUUGGUGACACUGACCAAGGAAGAUGAGUUUUUGAUAAUUGGUAGUGAUGGAAUUUGGGAUGUGUUUACCAGUCAAAAUUGUAUAGAUUUUGCCCGGAAGAGACUCCAAGAGCACAAUGAUGUGAAGUUGUGCUGCAAGCAAAUAGUAGAGGAAGCAAUAAAGCGGGGAGCCACCGACAAUCUGACUGUUGUAAUGGUAAGUUUUCAUAUGGAGCCACUGGCGCAUGUAGUGGUAGAAAGGGGAAGAGUCAGGAGAAGCAUAUCGGCCGAAGGCCUUCAGAAUCUCAGAGGCCUGUUAGAUUGCUAAUCUUAUUUUUUAAAUCCCUGGUGUGCAUAGGUUAGAACUAGUCAACCAAUAAUACUAAGCUGAUUUAUCAGCUCUUAUCUUGAGUUUUUUCUCUAUAUAUGUAUAUAUAUUCUUCCGGGAAAUGGAACUGCCUUUUCCUUACCCCUUUAUUCAUUGAUGCCUUAUUUGGUUUCUGAGAAGAAGGAAGGAAAGAGAAGAAAACAUGGAAUCAUAAUUUGCAAUAUGAUAAAAUUGGGGAGGGAAAUCCAACUUGUAAACAAAUUGAUAUGAGAAUUGUACUAUUAUUAAUUCGAAGCAUGCACUAAUGUACAUACAAUUAUUCCGUAUUCAUCAAACUUACUGUUGGUGACCAACAAGUUUUUACCUUUU